AUAGUUAAAUGGUGAACGAAAGUAUUCUUAUUUGCUAUAUUAAAUUCAAAACUUAAGUUAAGUCGGAAACAAAACAAAACAAAUUGUAAUUUAAAAUAUGUGCUCAAAUGUUCCCUCGAAUCGGCUUAUCUAUAGUACGGCGGGGGUCUAUUUAUAUUAAGAUACGGCGCGUAGUACAGCACUUCUCAAUUGCCGUUCAGUAUCACACUGCUUAUGAUAAUGAGUGUGAAUUAUUUGGAAAUUACCGAUCCCACGUAUCGGACGAGUUGGAAAAAACGAAAUCAACCAGGUUUCGUUCUGGUAGAACCGAAGCAGUAUUGGAGAAUCCCAAUCCGUGAACCAGGAUGGAAACCGUUGCCAUGCUGUCUAACUACAAGGUUCAAGAACAUGGCCGACGAAUUCAGAGCCAUGAAGGUGCACAAAGACGACGUGUGGUUGGCAUCUUAUCCGAAAAGUGGUACAACCUGGAGCCAGGAGAUGAUCUGGCUGAUUUGCAACAAUCUUGACUACGAAGAAGCGAGGAAAAAACUCCUAUUUAUGCGUUUCCCGUUUGUGGAAAUAAACGGCAUUGCAGAUCUUCCUGGAGGUAUGGAUUUCUUCAAGCUUGCUCAACAAAUGCCAUCUCCACGAUUCAUCAAAACACACCUGCCCGUUGGUCUUUUGCCCGACCAGAUUUGGACAGUCAAACCAAAACUUGUUUACGUUUACAGGACAACCAAAUCGGUGAUCGUAUCGUACUAUCACCAUUCGGUGACCCUGUCCAACUACAAGGGAACCCUGGAAGAGUUUACCCGUUCAUUCAUGCGUGACUUGCAAAUGUACUCGCCUUACCACGAGCAUGUCAUAGAGUAUCACAAAAUCUCCCAACUCGAUAACGUGCUACUGUUGAACUAUGAAGAUAUGAAAAAGGUAAGUGUAAAGCACUCUUUUCAGGACCUUGUGUCGGUGGUGAAGCGAACGUGUGUGUUCUUCAAUAAGAGCUACACCGACGAGCAGAUAGCCGAAUUAUGUAACCACCUAUCGUUCGAAUCGAUGCAAAACAAUCCAUCAGUAAACGCGCAGGAAAUGGUUGAUAUGCUAUUGGCCCAGAGUGAUCGGCUUGAUGAGAGGGAGAAUGAGGAUAGGCGGUUUAUCCGUAAGGGGAAGGUUGACGGUUGGAAAGCUGAUCUAACACAAGAACUGGCCGACGAAAUUGAUGACUGGACUAGAAGCAAAGUGAAAUCCGAAAAGUAUCAAAAAUUAUUCUUGUAAAUUAAUAAGUAAACUAAAUAAGCAGUGGUUGUUUGGGUGAAUAAAAAAUUGGAUAUACAAUGGGACAACUGAAAUAAAUAUAACACAAUU